AUGAUCUUCCACUGGCUGAAGAACCGCAACACAUUGCCGGUCAAAAAGGUUUUUGAGGUUAUGGUGGACGAUUUUGGGGACGAGGAAACACUACCGCACAGCGACAAGGCGAUUGUUGAGUCCCUAAAGGGUCUCCAAGUCGAAAUUUGGGAUUGGGCCCGGUUGGAUAUUCCGACAGGAGUCAUCUAUCAAGCGGCAGGAGACCAUGUGGUAUUAGAAGCCUGGGCAGACAGGAAUGGACUAGCAAGACUCAAAAAUUUGGAGAAGGUUUACCUCGAGACCAACCAGGGCUUAGAGUCUAUGGCGACUAUGAAAGUAUACGUUGAAAAAUUCAAGAAAGACCUGCAGCAGAUGUUCAAGGAAGUCAACAAAGGGAAACUCGUAGAAAUCCACUGCGAGGCAAUCAAACCAGCAAAGAAGAGGGACUCGGGAAUGGCAUCGGCGGCGUCUAAACUCAAAGGAGAGAGCGAACAGGGAUUCGCAGAGCAGGAUUGGCUAAAGUGUAUGGAUCAGUUUGCAGACAUCAUCGAGAUGUUGGAGAAAGAUAAGAAGGAAACGACUCCCAUCAAGGUCGCCCUGAUUGAUGACGGCGUCAAGUCUAGUUAUGCGACACUGGACGAUUCUAUUGAGCGCGGCGACUCUUGGGUGCACCAGCCGAAUCCGAGUUCGAGGAGGUCAAAGAAUGGGUAUUCGCAGAAUUACAACACAUCCGCUCACGGCCAUGGCACCGUCAUGGCCUACUACAUCUGCCGCAUGUGUCCUGGGGUCAGGCUCUACGUGGCAAAGCUCAAUCCAGAGCCCAAGCAUGGUGACAGCUCAGGCCAAGCGACGGUCUCAUUCUCAAUUGAGUCAAUAGUCGAGGCAAUCAAGUGGGCCGUGGCAGAGAAGGUCGAAAUUAUCUCAAUGAGCUGGGCUAUCGACGAGAAGGACUCGGACUAUCAGACAACUCGGAUGGGUGAGCUGCGUAACGCAAUCAAGCUCGCGGCCGACAACAACAUCCUGCUGUUCUGUGCCAAUCCAGACAAGGGCGUUGGAUUUCCUGACAACAAGUCUUACCCGAAGCAGCUGGACACCAGUCGGGUUUUCUGCAUCGGUGCGGCGACCCAAGACGGCAUUCGCUGGGACAAGAUCGACGGGGGCGAUGCAUCCUGCGACUACUUCUUGCCCGGCGUCGAGCUCGGCUUUCCGGUAGAGAGUAGCGGCGCGCGCCGUGUAGACGAGCCACCCACGGUGUGGGAAACGUACAAUGGCAGUUCACUAUCGUGCGCGUUGGCGGCCGGGCUGGCGGCCAUGAUCCUCCACUGCGCCCAGGUCAGCGGUAAGACUGCCACGGAUGCUGAGUACACCUGGCUGAAGAGCCACCGCGGGAUGUGCAGCGCCUUCAACAGCAUUCACGUCACCCCCAACAAGUGGUUGCCGGUGCGGAGAGUUUUCGGCCAUUCCUCCCUGUCGAAUACGAACACGGACGCCUUAAUGAAGGCCCUGCGAGAAGAGGUAGUUGCCAGAUUCUUUAAAGAUGUGCCGCCUCAACGAAUAGGACGGGAACAAGCGCCAUGGAAGCUGAAGACGCGGACGACUUUGCGGGUGGAUGAGCCUUAG